AUGCCGCCGGAGCGCGCCGUGAAUGAGGAGGAGACAGAGCUUCUGACCAAGGGCGAGAGGUCAACGCGCACCUCGGAGGACGGCUCCGAAGCCUCGAUAUCUUCGAUUUCGACAACAUCGCUAAUCCUCGAGCAUAUCAAUGACCCAUCGCUCACCGGCACAUUGCGUUCGAACCUAGGAGAGAAGUACAGGGACGAUCGAGAUGAGCCUGACCAGGCACGCGAGCGGUUCGACGUGGAGGAAGGACGGUAUCAGGGCCCUACUACGGUAGACAAGAAGACACGGCGGUGGUUAUGGAUUAUUGGCACAAUCUGCGUUGUAGGGUGGGCCCUUGCGCUGGUCUCUUUCUUGAUGAAGGGGACCUACAAGCCUGCGUCCAGUCGUCCGCACGAUCCUCUUGCCAGCUCUACCAAGGGUUCUGCAAAGAAGAUCUCUAUGGAUCAAGUGCUUGGUGGCCAGUUCUGGCCGCAGCAACAGAGUGUAUCAUGGAUAGCAGGACCAAAUGGAGAGGACGGCCUGCUGCUUGAGAAAGGCGUAGCGAAUAAGGAUUACCUAAUUGUCGAGGAUAUCAGGAGCAAGGACAAGGCUAGGGCGUCUGGCAAGACAACAUUGAUGAAGAAGAGCGGCUUCGACGUUAAUGGAACAUAUGUCAUGCCCAACAAUGUCUGGCCGAGCAAGGACUUCAAGAAAGUUUUGGUACUCUCAAAUGAGGAGAAGAACUGGAGACACUCGUACACGGGCCUAUACUGGAUAUUCGACGUGGAGACACAGACUGCCGAGCCUCUCGAUCCAGAGAACCCAGGCAGUAGGGUUCAACUAGCGUCCAUGUCACCACAGUCAGAUGCAGUCGUCUUCACUAGAGGCAAUAACAUGUUCUUACGGAAGCUCGGGUCGACACAAGUUGUGCAGAUCACACAAGAUGGUGGUUCUGAGCUGUUCUACGGCGUACCGGAUUGGGUAUAUGAGGAAGAAGUCUUCCAAGGAAACAGUGCAACAUGGUGGUCCGAAGACGGCAAAUACAUUGCUUUCCUACGGACUGACGAAUCUACGGUCCCAACAUACCCGGUGCAGUACUUUCUCUCGCGGCCAAGCGGGGAGAAGCCCAAGGCCGGAGAGGAAAAUUACCCAGAAGUUCGCGACAUCAAGUAUCCCAAGGCUGGGGCACCUAACCCCAUCGUAUCGCUAGAGUUUUAUGAUGUGGGAAAAGGCGAAGUGUUCAGCGUCAAGAUCGAAAAUGAUUACCCCGAUAAUGAUCGUCUCAUCACUGAGAUUGUCUGGGCUGGCAAGACAAAGCAAGUACUCGUAAGGGAGAGCAACCGAGAAAGCGACACCUUGAAGCUCGUUCUCAUAGAUGUAGACAAGCGCUCCGGCAAAACUGUCAGGGCUGAAAAUGUGGCAGAACUCGACGGAGGCUGGUUCGAGGUCUCGCAGAAAACGACUUUUGUGCCCGCAGAUCCUGAGAAUGGCCGCAAGGACGAUGGCUACAUCGACACCAUCAUUCACGAAGGAUAUGAUCACAUUGGGUACUUUACCCCACUUGACAGCGACAAGCCUAUCGUACUUACCAAGGGCGAGUGGGAGGUUGUCGAUGCACCGUCUCGUGUAGACUUGAAGAACAACUUGGUCUACUAUAUAUCCACGGAGAAGAGCUCUAUUGAGCGUCACGCCUAUGCAGUAUAUUUGAACGGCACUGGCAAAAGAGAAGUCAUCGCCGACAGCGGCUCCGCGUUCUACGAAGCAUCCUUUUCUACCGGUGGCUCCUACGCAUUAAUGAGCUACAAAGGUCCUAGCAUCCCAUGGCAGAAAAUCAUCAGCACACCAUCCAACAGCGAAAAAUUCGAGAAGAUUCUCGAAGAGAACAAGGCCCUGGAGCGCCUCGUACGCCAACACGAGCUCCCUAUUCUCAAGUACCAAACUAUCGAUGUUGACGGCUUCAAGCUCAACGUCCUGGAACGCCGUCCUCCGCACUUCAAUGAGAAGAAGAAGUAUCCAGUCUUGUUCUUCCAGUACUCUGGCCCGGGCUCCCAACAAGUGCAAAAGCAAUUCAAAGUAGACUUCCAAUCCUACAUUGCCGCCAGCCUCGGCUACAUCGUUGUUACAGUCGACGGGCGAGGCACAGGCUUCCUUGGUCGUAAGCUACGAUGCAUUACAAGAGGUAACAUUGGGUACUAUGAGGCGACUGAUCAGAUUGCUGCAGCAAAGAUAUGGGCGGGGAAGAAGUAUGUUGACAAGGAGAGAUUGGCGAUUUGGGGCUGGAGUUACGGGGGCUUCAACACGCUGAAGACACUCGAGCUUGAUGGUGGCGAGACGUUCAAGUAUGGUAUGGCUGUUGCGCCUGUAACAGAUUGGAGAUAUUAUGACUCCAUCUACACAGAACGCUACAUGCACACUCCGCAAAACAAUCCACAAGGAUACGACAACUCUUCCGUUAGCGACGUCCAGUCGAUGUCAAAGAACGUCCGCUUCCUCAUCAUGCAUGGCGUGGCAGAUGAUAACGUGCACAUGCAAAACACUCUUACCUUGCUCGAUCGCUUAGAUGUAGCGGGCGUCGAGAAUUACGAUGUUCAUGUUUUCCCCGACUCGGAUCAUAGUAUCUACUUCCACAACGCAAAUCGAAUCGUUUACGACAAGCUGAAAUGGUGGCUUGUCAACGCGUUUAAUGGUGAGUGGUUGAGGAUUGAAAAUGCGGUGCCGAAAGUACAGAUAGAAGGUCGGUCGAGAGUACGGUAG